AUGGUAGAACCCAAGUUUAUUCUUUUACCAAAAGAACCAAUUAUUUUACAUGGAGAACUAGCCAAUUUUAAGUGAAAAAGCAGAAUUGAUCCUCCCAUAAAGUCUUCCUAUUUAGCUAUUUGUAUUGCUUACCUUGAGUCUCUUCUUCGAGUAAAAGACGUCGAAGUCUACAGGUCAUCUUGAAUAGCUCUUGGGAAUUACAAAAAAGAAACAGAUGAACUGGUAAAGAAAAGACCUAAUUAUAGCAAUUACUGAACCCAGUUCGAUAAAAUCAUUGAAUCUUUUAAUAAUCCAAAGUUUAAACCAUUACAGCUUCUUAGACUGUACGCAGAACGAAAUCACUUACUCCCCCCCUCCGUGAGUGAACAAAACCAUUAGAAAAAUCGCUAUUUUUUGCCCAAAAACCCACCCUCCGUGAGUGAACAAAAAUUUUUUUAAUAGAAAAAUUUUUUUUGGAAAAAAUAUUUUGAAAUAUAAAAUGAUAAUUAGUAUAAUGAAAUCUAGAGCUAAUUCUGUUUAAUUUUAAAACGAAUUGCUUUUUAAAACAUAAAUUUUAUAAAUUAAAUUAAUAUUUGCUUUCCAAUUUUUGCGAAUUAAGAUUUUUUUAAAUUUCGAAAAAAAAAAAAUUUUUAAAAUUUAUAUAUAAAUUUUUUUUAAAAAAAAAAAAUUAACCCCUGUGAGUGAACAAAAUUUUUUGUUCACUCACGGAGGGGGGAGUUAGGUGCUUGUGAUGCCCUUGACGCAAGUAUGAGACUACUUAUCUGUGUCGUCACCGAUAAGGACUACAAGUUUGAUGAAAUUUUGACUCAGCCGUUCAACUUCAUGGAAAACAGAAAUUACUUGGAGCAUUUUUGCAACAAGCUGGAGGUGAAUUUCUUAAUUGUUAAUGAGACAGAGCAUACUUAUGUGUCAAGAAGUGAUAAAAACAAAAGUCCAUUGGUCACGCUUUAUAUGGAAAGAGAUUAUUCGUGAAGUGUGCUUUAUCAUCAAGAAUAUGAGCUGCUUGCUGCUGGAAAUGCAGGGAUUGGAGAUUUGGAUAGGUUCCCAUUUGUGUAUGACCCAAGAUCAGAACCUGUGAGAGUUGGGAGGCCAUUGGUUAGCGGCACUCCAAUAAUCCCAACGACGAGUCUAGAGCCUUCUCCAAUUAUAGCGCAGCCUCAAUUUGUUGAAAGAUCAUAUCAAGAACAAGAUAUAAGACAGCAAAAUGCUACAAUACCUGAAGAAAUCAAGGAAAGGCCUCCGACUAAAACGUUGCAAAAAGCUAAGACUUCUGGAGGAUACAGGCUGAUUUUUAUUUCAAAUGCCUAAUAUAGGAUUAAUGUCUUCCCGAUAGGCAUUUGGAAGAAAAGGAUUUUUACCUUAGAGGCGAAGUAAAGCGUUUGGAUAUAUAUGCACUCGGCCAGGAUUUUAGUUUAGCCGACACCAAGACCACACUUUUCUUGGGAAGAUGGCUUGUCAGAGUUGAAAGUGGGAUGCCUAGCAAAUCCAAGGUUUUUUCUAACCAGUUUCCCCUCGCACAGCGUGAUAACCAAACGUCUCUGACUCUCGGAUAAUCGGUGCAAGCCCCAUCUGUAAAGUAUCCUCUCAAUCCCAAAACUCUGUGCUCCGAAGCAGUACUAAAUCUGGCUGAAGCAGGAGCAGAGCUAUUGGAAUUCUGAUAAACUCCCGCGGCUAAGCAAGCCUUCUUUGAAGGCUUCAUUAAAAUAUGAUGUAAAGUAGCGGAGCUCUAGCUUAAAAAAAAAGGAGGUCUAGUCUUUAAUAUCCUAAUACCUAUCUUUACCCGGAGGAUCCAAGAAAAUUGCAGCCAUAAAGCCAAAGAAUACCCAAAUUCAUAAAGAAAGUAAGCAAGAGGCACUCCCAGUGCCCAAAGAGUCUUCUCCAAUAAAUGUCCCAGAGCCCAAGAAAGUUAGCCAAGAGCCUUCAUCUCCAGAAAAUGCUCCAGAAUUAGAAGAAGCCAAACAAGGGUCUAUAUAUUAUUCAGUGAUAGAAGAAAAUCCCAAACCAGAUCUUUCUCCUGCAAUUGAGAUUUCUAAUCAAUUGAUAUCAGAAAUGGCUUCUACCAUUCUACUUAAUUGCCCUAACAAGUGUAGUGAUCUGCUUGUCAAGCUUUUAUCUGACUAUACAGCUAUAAACCCUUCAGCUGACAAAGGAGAUAUAGCAAGGCUAAAAGAAACCGCAAGCAAGUGGAAACCGGCAGCCCAGCCACCACCUAUACUGCCUGCCAAAAAAGAAUCAAGUUGUGGCCAUCUCAAAGUAAAUUUUACUCCUUUAUGUCAAUUAGAGCACUGUGCUUAUUGCUUGAAGGAAAUUUAUGAAAGAGAUAGACAUAAAUCUGUAUGCAGCCAUGGGAAAAAAAUCAGCCCGAAAAAUAUGACUGAUAUUAAUAAACUAUUAAGCGAACAAGGCCAGAUAAAUAAAGAUGGAAUAGAAGCAGAGAUGGUAGUACAAGCUGAGGAAAAGAGUGAAAGAGCUCAGGAGCUUAUUAAAACCUCUUCAAAAGCUCCUUUAAUGCCAGAACAGCCUAGAAAGGUAGAUAUUUUUGCAAUAAAUCAGGAAAAUAUUUUUAGGCCAGGGCCAGUACUUCAAUCCUUUCCUGUUGGAAAUAAUCAGUCUGUAAAAAUUAUAAACUUACUCCCCCCCCCUCCGUGAGUGAACAAAAAUUUUUAAUAGAAAAUUGUUUUAUGGAAAAAAAAAUUUUGAUAUAUAAAUGAUAAUUAGUAUAAUGAAAUCUAGAGCUAAUUCUAUUUAAUUUUAAACGAAUUGCUUUUUGAAACAUAAAUUUUAUAAUUAAAUUAAUAUUUACGAAUUAGGAAUUUUUUAAAAUUCGAAAAAAAAAUUUUUUAGAAAAUUUAUAUAUAAAUGUUUUUAAAAUAAAAAUUAACCCCCCCUCCGUGAGUGAACAAAAUUUUUUUGUUCACUCACGGAGGGGGGGGGAGUUAGCAAAUGAUCAGCAAUUAUCAGGAGACCACGAAGUCCAGUCAAAAUAUGAUGAUUCUCAGCCAUCACAAAAAAAUUUCCUUGAGCUGUCCAAUUCUCCACCAUACCUACAACAAAAAAUAAUCCCCAAGCCUUCUCAAUUGCAACCAAACCCAUUACAAGAUGUUUUACCUCCAAAAAUGGAUCUUGAAUUCUCUCAAAAGCAGCCACAUAUGGAUCCUGAUCCAUCCCAAAACCCUUUACAAUUGAAUUCCCCACCACACCCACCCCAAAAAAUAAUCCCCCAGCCCUCUCAAUUGCAACCAAACCCAUUACAAGAUGCUUUACCCCAAAGAGUUGAUAUUGAUUUCUCUCAAAAGCAGCUACACAUGGAUCCUGAUCUAGUCCAAAUACCUUCAGUAAUUAACCCUACACCAAAUCCACCUCAGCGUAGAAAUGAUAUUAAAUGUGCUGUUUGCUUUGCAUAUAAAGACGUCGAUGAAUUCUCUAUUACAUGCCCCAACCAUCAAGUCUGCAAUAUCUGUAGAAUUAAAAGCAUGGAGCAAUGCAAAAUAUGCCAAAGAUUUUAUUCAAAAAAUGACCAAGAGACCCUAGAGAUUAUCAGAAUUAGCUUUAAUAAUUAG